AUGGCGGUCAAGCGGAUAAAUGGCAUUAUCAAGACGCUUGAUUGGGAGAAAGUCGAAGCUACUUUGCAUUCUGAUGGGCGCGAUGACGCGGAUCCUGGUUUUGAUGUUUGCGAUGCCUCGCUAGAGGAUUGGGAGCGAUAUGUCAAGUCGGAGAAUCAAACACUGGUGUCGAGGGCGAUGGCAUUCGAAAAUGGUAGAAUCUACAUUGUCGAACUCCCAUCUGGUGUCCAUGAUGGCUACUGCGGCUUGCUAAACACGGCCGUAUUGAGGGCGACGGGUACUUUCGAUGAUCACUUGAUGUCGCGUCAAUCGAGUUUCGUGGAAAGCCUCCGAAAACUCGAGCCCGAUUGCAGUUUUGGUCCUGCUCCUGGUAUUGGUGCCAAUCGUCCCGGUGGAAUGACGUGGAACGAAUACCACACAUUGAAGGUGGAAGUGGGCGUCUCACGAGGAUGGCCGUAUUUGAAUCGGAAAGCGGAUCAAUGGAGGCAAUACCCCGGCGUCGAAUACAUUCUCUGCAUUCGUCUAUCACCAGCGCUGCGGUGUUUAUCACUACACGCUACAAUGUCGUACUACUUUAGCAUACUACAUUUACUGAGGCUUUUGAUUUGA